GUUGUAAGUGUUUUUUAUUUUAGACUUUUUUUUUUUAACAGAUUGGGUUUUCCCUGGUCUUUUGUUUUAUCUUGAAUUUCAAUUCCAACUGCCUCUGGUAUGCAUUUAUGGCAUUUUUAGAGAGAGAAAAGUAGAGAGAGAGGGUGAAAUUCAAGAACCAGACUGGCCUCAGUAAUUGCUUAUUUAAUUCUUCUGAUCUAUAAAUUCAACCCCAAAGUUCAUUUUUCUCCAUCAAAAACUGAUAUUUUCUUUACCAUUUUAGCAUAUCCUUCCAAUUUUAUCCCGAUCCUGAAAAAAUCCAUCAAACCAAUAAAAACCCACAAUUGUUUAUGCAAAAAUCUGUAAAGGGUUUCAAAUUUUUGAGUUUGAUUCAUUGGAUUUGUUAGUGUUUUUUGUUGUUCCUUGAGAGAUGGAUAUAUAUGUAGCGUUGCUGUGUUUCACUGCUGUCACUUGUUAUCUACUAUGGUUCACCUUCAUUUCCAAGUCAUUGAAAGGCCCGCGUGUUUGGCCCGUGUUGGGCAGCCUCCCAGGCCUUAUUGAGAACUCCGACUCGAUGCACGAGUGGAUAGCCGAUAACCUCCGCGCAUGUGGAGGCACGUACCAGACAUGUAUAUGCGCAAUACCCUUAUUAGCCCGGAAGCAAGGCCUUGUGACCGUCACUUGUGAGCCUAAGAAUGUAGAGCACAUUUUGAAAACCCGGUUUGAUAAUUAUCCGAAAGGUCCAACUUGGCAAGCUGUUUUUCAUGAUUUGCUAGGCCAGGGGAUUUUCAAUUCGGAUGGUGAGUCGUGGCUUGUUCAAAGAAAGACGGCAGCCCUUGAGUUUACCACGCGAACCUUACGUCAAGCUAUGGCUCGAUGGGUGAACCACGCCAUCAGGAAUCGGUUUUGUCCGAUUCUCAAGACAGCUGAACUUGAAGCCAAGCCGGUUGAUUUGCAGGAUCUAUUGCUUCGGCUCACUUUCGAUAACAUAUGUGGCUUGGCUUUCGGGAAGGAUCCGGAAACUCUUGCAAUAGAGAUGCCAAAUAAUAGCUUUGCCUCAGCCUUUGACCGAGCGACCGAGGCGACGUUGCAGCGCUUCAUUUUUCCUGAAGUUAUAUGGAAGCUAAAGAAAUGGCUUCGGCUUGGAAUGGAAGUCAGCUUGAGCCGAAGUCUCGUACACGUGGACGAGUAUUUGUCAAGCAUAAUCAAGACACGCAAGCUCGAGCUGAUGAAUAAGCAAAAAGAUGAUAAUGCACAUGAUGACUUGCUAUCAAGAUUCAUGAAGAAAAAAGAAUCCUACUCAGACAAAUUCUUGCAACACGUGGCACUCAAUUUCAUCCUAGCUGGACGUGACACAUCAUCGGUUGCACUGACCUGGUUCUUUUGGUUGAUCAUGCAAAACCCGAGAGUUGAAGAGAAAAUUCUAUCAGAAAUAUGCACCGUUCUGAGUGAGACACGUGGAAUCAACAUCGAUUAUUGGGUUGACGAGCCUUUAGUAUAUGAAGAAGUCGACCGUUUGGUAUACCUAAAAGCAGCAUUAUCCGAAACACUCCGACUGUACCCUUCGGUUCCUGAGGACUCCAAGCAUGUAGUGGCAGAUGACACAUUGCCAGAUGGUACAUUCGUCCCGGCUGGGUCAUCUGUUACAUAUUCGAUAUAUUCAGCCGGACGAAUGAAGUCCACUUGGGGUGAGGAUUGCCUAGAGUUCAAGCCAGAAAGAUGGUUAUCCCCUGAUGGCAAGAAGUUCACAAUGCACGACUCUUACAAGUUUGUCUCCUUCAAUGCUGGUCCAAGAAUAUGUUUAGGCAAGGACUUGGCUUACUUACAAAUGAAGUCCAUAGCAGCAGCGGUGCUGCUCCGCCACCGGCUGACAGUGGUGUCCGGCCACAAAGUGGAACAAAAGAUGUCAUUGACAUUGUUCAUGAAGUAUGGCCUCAAAGUGAAUGUACACCCAAGGGAUUUAACGUCAAUAGCAUCAAGUGUUAUGAAAAAAACAGAAGUUGUCACUAAUAACGAAAAAUGUCGUACAUGUGGCAACACCGAUAGCAAUGGCCGUGGGAUUGGUGUUGAUAUGGUGGUUGGAGUGAUCUAAAGUGGUGGUUGAUAUAUUUCUACUUUCUGACACAGAAAUUUAUGGGGAAAGAAGGUCACGUGUAAGGCUCUUCAAUAAUUUAAGCUACUUAUUCAUGGUUUGGAGGUACAAUCAUUCAAUGCGACAAAUGAGAAGGUGAGAAAUGUGUGAAGACGAGUGGCUUUUU